CAUGUAUGCGGUUGUGCUUUUGCUGGCGGUUAUCGGCGCGUUCUACUUCUAUGGAACGAGAACUUACGGCUACUGGAAGAAGAGAGGCGUCAAACAUGACAGGCCGAUACCGUUUCUGGGUAACAGUGCAAAGAACUUUCUGAUGCUGAAGAACUUCUGCGACACGAGCAGCGAACUGUACCGGAAGUACCCUAGGGAGAGGGUCGUCGGAUUCUACCGCGGCACCGACCCCGAGCUGAUAAUCAGGGACCCCGAGCUGGCGAAGCGUAUUCUGAUCAUGGACUUCUCUCGCUUCUACCCGCGCGGCCUGCUGCCCCAGCGGGAGGUGGUCGAGCCCCUGCUCCGAAAUUUGUUCUUCGCGGACGGCGACGUGUGGCGGCUGCUGCGCCAGCGCAUGACUCCCGCCUUCAGCGGCGGUAAGGUGAGAGCCAUGUUUCCCCUGAUCACCGAGCGCGCGGAGUGCAUGCAGGCGAGGGCGCUGCGGCUGGCCGCGGCGGACGACCGGGGCCGAGUGGACGUCAAAGAUCUGCUGACGCGAUACUCCACCGACUUCAUAGGCGCCUGCGGCUUUGGCCUGGACGUCGGCUCGCUAAGGGACGAGGACUCCAUCGUCGCGAAGAUGAGCUCCAAGAUAUUCCAGCACGGAGUCAAGGAGUGCAUCGUGAAUCUUCUGAAAUCGUCGUUCCCCUGGGCCUUCAGCCGCGUCAACAGCAUGGCGAGAGUGGAGGGAGACAUAAAGUACAUCGUGAACGAGGUGCAGAAGCAGAGAAACUACAGGCCGUCUGGCCGAAACGACUUCAUCGAUCUCAUGCUGGAGUGCAAGGCGGAGGGGACGAUCGUGGGAAAAUCGAUGGAGUGGACGACCCCCUCGGGCGAGCCGGAGGUGGCGACGCUGGAGAUGGACGACGAGCUGAUGGCGGCGCAGGUGUUCGUGUUCUUCGCGGCCGGCUUCGAGACAUCGUCGUCGGCGACCAGCACCACGCUCAACGAGCUGGCGCACAACCCCGCCGUGCAGGCGCGGGCGCAGGCCGAGAUCGACCGCGUGCUCGCCAAACACGGCGGGAAGCUCAGCUACGACGCCGUCAAGGAGAUGACCUACCUGGAGUGGACGCUGAAGGAGAGUAUGCGAGUGUUUCCGUCGCCGGGCUUCCUCGUGAGGAGGUGCGCUCGGCCGUUCACCGUGGACGGUCUGACGAUAGACGAAGGAAUAAAAGUAUUCAUUCCCCUGGCGGCCCUGCACAACGAUCCCCAAUAUUUCGACAAUCCGAAUGAAUUUCGACCUGAACGAUUCGACCCCGCACAUUUCGACCCUAGGAACAAGUACGUCUACAUGCCAUUCGGAAUCGGACCUCGCGCCUGUAUUGGCGAGCGGCUGGGGCUGAUGCAGUCGCUGGCGGGUCUGGCGGCGGUGCUGGCGCGGUUCACGGUGCGGCCCGCCCCCGGCGCCCCCCGCCGCCCCGUCGUCUCCCCCGCCGCCGACCUGGUGCAGACCAUCUGCGGGGGCAUGCCCCUCACGCUCAUCCCGCGCAAGACGAUCUGA